CGCGUGUCAAGAACAUGGUGGAAGUGAGGUUUUGACAAAAUUACGACAAAAAAUAAUAAUUUACUCCAUCAUAAUAUAUAAUAAUGCUUUCCUUGAGGUUAUCGGGGAUAAAAUGUCAGCAAUUACUCGCUAGAGCAGCUCAAAGCACUAGGACUAUAGUGUCAAUAUCUCACCAAAGAAAUAUCAACAGAACUGGAAUAAGAGUUCUCUCAACUCCUAGAUUAUUAGUAAGAUGUUACGCUGCUGAACCUUCAAAAAAAACCUUURCAAGARAUAAACCACAUGUUAACAUUGGAACRAUUGGACAUGUUGACCAUGGGAAAACUACACUAACUGCAGCCAUAACAAAAAUUUUGGCUGAGAAGGGAUCAGCAAACUUCAAAUCAUAUGGAGAUAUUGAUAAUGCCCCGGAGGAAAGAGCACGUGGAAUAACCAUCAAUACUGCGCAUGUYGAGUAUGAGACUGAUAAACGUCAUUAUGGACAUGUAGAUUGCCCUGGACAUGCUGACUAUAUCAAGAACAUGAUCACAGGAGCAGCGCAAAUGGAUGGAGCUAUUUUGGUAGUUGCUGGAACUGAUGGUCAAAUGCCUCAAACCAGGGAACACUUAUUACUAGCAAACCAGGUUGGGGUUAAAAAUAUUGUCGUUUUUGUUAACAAAGCUGAUGUAAUUGAUGAUCCAGAGCUAUUAGAAUUGGUUGAAGUUGAAAUGCGUGAGGUUUUAACUGAGUACAAUUAUGAUGGUGACAAUACUCCUAUAAUCAUUGGAUCAGCUCUCUGUGCUCUAGAAGAAAAAARCCCUGACAUGGGAAUCAAUGCAAUAAUGAAACUCCUUGAUGCCAUUGAUACCCACAUCCCAACCCCUGACAGACAACUUGACAAGCCAUUUCUGCUUCCCAUUGAAGACGUUUUCUCAAUUUCUGGACGAGGAACUGUAGUAACUGGAAGAAUUGAACGAGGUGUUGUAAAGACAGGUGAUCAGGUGGAGAUUGUUGGACACAAAUCCAAGAUAAAGACAACAGUUACAGGUAUUGAGAUGUUUCACAAACUUCUUGAUCRAGGAGAGGCAGGUGAUAAYCUAGGAGCUUUAAUUCGCGGUGUUAAAAGAGAAGAUGUUCGUCGUGGAACAGUCCUUUGCGCUCCUGGUUCAGUCAGUUCUCAUACUAAAUUUACUGCUCAAGUGUAUAUACUGAAGAAAGAAGAAGGUGGUCGUCACACUCCUUUCGUUACUAACUACUCCCCUCAGAUGUUUCUCCGUACUGGUGAUGUACCUGCCACCAUCACCCUCCCCGAGGGGAGUGAAUUUGUUAUGCCUGGCGAUAAUGCCCAGUUGACCAUCAAGUUGAUGUUUGACAUGCCGUUAGAGACCGGGCUUCGAUUCACGCUAAGAGAGGGAGGCAGGACGGUGGGGACUGGUAUAGUAACUGAAAUCUUAGAAUGAAAACUUUAUGACGGAUCUCACUUGAUCUAAAGGCACUUUGUGAUAAAGCUGUAAAACUUCGACAAAGCUGAGGAUUUCAAYUUUAAUUUGCAGUAAAUUUCGUGAAUAUUUCGUGAAUAUAAUAAAUUUUGACUUUUACCUAAACAA